UUGUUACGAUUGGAUAAUAAGAUUAUCUGGAGAGAAGAUUUUAAUAAUGAUAAUAGAUAUAUGGUUGAAGAUGGGGACGAGUUGCAUUUAGAUUUUAUUGUGUAUCCUGAGAUUAUAGAGAAGCUUAAUAGAAAGAAUCAUAAUUACGAGAUUGAAAUUAUUAAGGAAAUAUGUGAACUGAGGGACAAUAAUGGAAUGCGAAAAAGAAGAUAUGAUUGUGAUGAUAAGAAUUCAAAAAGAUUAAAAACUUCUCAGG